AAUAAUGGAGCGUAAUUGAUUUGAGUGGGGGUCCAGAAAGAGCGUCUUUCUCUCGAUCGAUCACCUGCUUUUCGAGAACGGGGAAGCGGAAUUUGCCCAGGUUCUUAUUCCAUAGUUCCACCAGCUUUCCCACAACGCGGGAAAGGGACCUACUAGCUACUACUUUGCUUUUGCUCAAAGCUCAGAAACAGCAAUCCAAGUCUUCUAGUGAUAACUGUUCGGCUGUUCGGCAGAAACGCCACCUGUACCUCCAGUACUCCGUCACCAACAUGAACCAUGUGAGAUCCUCAUCUUCUUCAUCCCUUUCUUUAUGGGAACAUGAUGUUUUCCUCAGUUUUAGGGGUGAGGACACCCGCAACAGCUUCACCGACCAUUUAUACCGUACUUUGAGUCAGCGUGGAAUCAACACAUUUAGGGAUGCUGAAAAACUCCAGAAGGGAAAUUCCGUGUUACCGACGCUCGUUGAAGCCAUCCGAAGAUCCAGAUGUGCUGUCAUUGUUCUUUCAGCAAACUAUGCUUCUUCAACAUGGUGUUUGAAUGAGCUUGUGCAUAUUCUUGAGUGCAACAAAGUGGGAGGAAGCAAACUGGAGGUGUUUCCGGUUUUCUAUAACGUCGAACCGUCCGAGGUCAGAAAGCAAACUGGAGUUUACGGGGAAGCUUUGUCUGCGCAUGAAGAUCUGAACAAGGUGGACAUAUGGAAGAAUGCCUUGACUGAAGUAGCGAAUUUCUCCGGAUGGGAUGUGAAAAAUAGGAGUGAAUCAGAAGUUACCGAGGAAAUAGCUGAGAAGAUUUCAAAUAUAUUGAAGUUCACGUUUCCAACUGCUAACGAUGAUCUAAUUGGAAUGAAUUCUCGAAUAGAGAAAGUGGAGUCCUACUUGGAUCUAAGCCUGGAUGUUGUUCGCACAAUUGGGAUUUCGGGAAUGGGGGGCAUAGGUAAAACAACUCUUGCACAAGAAGUUUUCAAGAAGAUCCUUGGAAACUUUGAUACUAACGCAUUUGUGGCUAAUGUUAGAGAGAAAUCAGGGAAUGUAAAUGGUCUAGUUGACUUGCAAAAAUCCCUUUAUAAAUCCUUGCUACACAGCGAUGUAGAUAUACAUUCUGUUGACAUGGGAAAAUAUUUGUUAAGGAGAGGACUCCGUUCAAAGAAGGUGCUCAUCAUUCUAGACGAUGUUCAUGAACUCAAACAAAUGGAAGCUCUUGCUGGAAGCAGUAAACAGAAUCAUUGGUUUGGUCCAGGGAGUAGAGUAAUUAUAACAACUAGAGAUGAGCAGUUGUUGAAGUCUUAUGACGUGCACAAGACAUACGAGGUUGAGAAACUGAAUGAUGCUGAAGCUUCUCAGCUCUUGUGUCAGAAAGCCUUCAAGAAAAACCAUGCUCCAACAAAAUAUCUAAAGCUGUGCAACAAUUUUGUAAAAUAUGCCAGUGGCCUUCCCUUAGCUCUUGAAGUUUUGGGUUCAUACUUGUGCCGGAAGGAAGUAAGUGAAUGGUCAGCAGCAUUGGCUAGACUAUAUGAAGAUCCUGAAAAAGACAUUUUGAGAGUGCUUCAAUUAAGUUAUAAUGGAUUGAAGUCAACAGUGAAGGACAUGUUUCUGGACAUUGCAUGUUUUUUCCGAGGAGAGGAACAAGAUCGUGUAAUGAAGAUCUUCACCAGUUGUGACUUUCAUCCGGAAAUCGGCAUUGUUGACCUUAUUGAUAAAUCUUUGAUUAAAAUUGAAGGGAAAAAACUGUGGAUGCAUGAUUUACUACAACAAAUGGGUUGGCAGAUUGUUCGUCAAGAAUCUCCUAAAGAGCCGGGUAAACGUAGUAGGUUGUGGCUUGAUGAGAAUGCUUGUGAAUACGAACGCUGGAGGUCGUGGUUUGAUGAGGAACAGUCGAGCAAAUGCAGAAGGUUCUGGCUUGACAAGGAUGCUCGUGCUGUACUCAUACAGAAUCUGGGUACAGAACAUGUUGAAGGUUUAUUCCUAAGCUUGCAAGCAAAAGAAGAGUUACACUUGAAUGCUGAUCCAUUCUACAAAAUGCCAAACCUAAGGUUGUUAAAGAUUUAUAAUGUCAACUUUGCUGGAUGCAUUGAACUUAUUUCUCUCUCCCAAAAUCUAAGGCUUUUGGAAUGGCAUGAAUUUCCUUUGAAUUCUUUGCCAUCAAGUUUUAGACCAAAUGUGCUCGCUGAACUCAAGAUGCCAAACAGCCGAAUUACGCAACUAUGGAGUGAAACUCUUUCUGCGGAAAUGCUGAUGCUUAUGGAUCUUUCAAACUGCCAAUACUUGACUAGGACCCCGGAUUUUAGUACAGUUCCAAAGCUUGAGAGGUUGAUCCUCGAAGGUUGUAAGAGAUUAUCAGAAGUUCACCCAACAGUUGGAGGUCUCAAACAUCUGGUCUUAUUAAAUUUGAAAGGUUGUGAAAGUGUAGAGAGCCUUCCUGACUCCAUCAGCUUGGAAUCUCUUCAGACCUUAGUCCUUUCAGGAUGUUUGAAAAUCAAAAAGUUUCCAGAGAUUAUGGGAAACAUGGAAAAUAUGUCGGAACUUUAUCUAGAUGGGACGGCUAUACAGGAGCUGCCAAUAUCGUUGAAGCACUUAAGUGGCCUUAGUUUGUUAAAUCUAAGAGGCUGCAAGAACCUCUCAAGUCUUCCAAGCUUCAUUUGUAGUUUGACAUCUCUGAUAUCUCUCAAUCUGUCAGGCUGUUCACUUAUUAAUCAACUGCCAGAAGACCUAGGGAGCUUGGAACAUUUGCAAGAGGUUGAUGCCUGUGAAACUUCUAUAACAAAAGUUCCUUCGUCUAUUUUAGUGCUUCUCUUGAAGAACCUUAAACGAUUAUGUUUUCGUGGAUGUAAUGAUUUAUGGUUGCCAGCUGAGGACCCGUUCUCAGUAGGUUUUUGGUCGUUGACAUCAAAAUGUCUGAACAGUAGCAACAGCCUUUCUAUCUUUUUUUUAUUUUUUUAUUUUAUUUUUAUAUUUUUAUUUAAGAAUAAAAGAUCAUGCGAUAUUAGAUCCUUGGAGGCACCAUUGGUUAUUGAAAGGGUUUUUUUGAAGGAUUUAGCAGGCUUAUCCCUUUCCCGUUUGACAUCAUUAAGUGUAUCUCGUCAAGAUAUCUUAUAUAUACCUGAUGAGAUUGGCCUCUUAAACUCACUUCAGCGUUUAGAUUUGAGUGUAACUAAUUUGUCUAGCAUACCCGAAAGCGUCUGUGAACUUUCUAAGCUCAGAGAGCUUUGCUUGUAUGGGUGUAUCAGGCUUCGGUCAUUACCAAAGUACGUGCCGCUGAGUCUAAAAUUUAUAGAUGCACGUUAUUGUUCUAUGCUGACAAAUUUUCCAAAUAAUUGUGCAAUAUGGGCUUCGGAGGAGAGUUUCAGUUUCAUGGAUUGCAGAAAUUCAGUUAAUGAUAUCGAAGAUCAUGUAAAUAUAAGGCGUCUUAAAUACAUUGAGGAUCGAAUCUAUCACGAACAGCAGUUUGAAAUCCAUCUUCGUCAUUCUAGAAUCCCAGACUGGUGUGGUUAUUCUAGGAGAGGGUCUUCUGUAACAAUCCCACUAUCUGAUCCAGAGGAUGGUAAUAGUACAUGGAUGGGAUUUGUCCUUUUUGUUGCUUUCGAAAUCCUUGACAAUAGAAACUUUGACAAGAGUUGGGAAUUGAAAGAUACUUGUUGUCAUUUUAGCACCUACAAAGAUCCUCUUGAAAAUCCCCUAGUCUUUCGAAACUUCAGUAACCCCGGGGUUGGACCAUUUGUGCUCUGUUGCUAUGUGCCACAACGACUGUUCUCAAGGAAGUUGAAUAGAGCAAGCCGUCUACUCAGAGCUUCCAUUUCAACGGAGAGACCGGAUUUGGAAGUGAAAGAGUGUGGAAUACAACUGAUAUCCCAGCAAGGUGCUGCAUUGUCUGUUCAAGAUUUAACACAGACAGCUAGUGAUCAACUUCAUCAGCUGGAUUCAAAUUUUGUUCCUCCACAUAUCGUAACGGAGGAGUAUUAGAUGAAGGAAUGCUUAAAUGGGGUCACUGCCUUUAACUUCUCACCCCCGUGAGAGUGCAGCAGAGAAGCCAUAAUUUACAGCUUAUACUUUCAAAACUCUAUGAGGUUUGCUGGUCUCUUUUUAUCUACACAUCACACUGCGUCCAUCUCUCUUUCUCUUGGUUUCUGUCCCUGACACACUUCUUUAAUAUUGAAGUAGGCCAAGGGUACGGAGGCAAACGGAAGUGAGAAAGACGACUUGUAAUUCUGUUCCGAUAGUAUCUGUUUGAAUCCAAAAUUAACAUU